AUGGUUGCCUGUGUCCAACGACGAGACAGCAAGAACAACUUCGCGGUAGUUGAUGAAGAGUCCGGGAUACCCACAUCACUUGUCGAGAACUAUCGGGACGCCAACGAAAGUGGGCCAUUGGCCCAGUCGGAUCCGCGAAGCUACCUGCUGUCCAUGUCGGAGUACGACAAGUCCCAAGCUUACGAUGUGUACGACUACCAAGCUGCCACAAGACCAGACCAAGGUCACCACCACGCAUACGCCGGCUAUGCAGGACACCCUGCCUUUGCCGGAGAUUAUGUAGCGACUCAGGCGCAGGUACCAUCUGGCCUCCCCCAAUCAUCCACCACACUCGGGCUGGUACCAUCUGCUCAACAAUACGGCACGCAUGAUCCCACCUACUACGGUCAGCAGAUGCCCAGCUACCCUGCAUAUCUUGACGCUGCUCCUCGUCCUGUUCCGGCGAUAAACUCAUACACGCCACAGCAAGGACAGCAAGGAACCAAAGUCACCGUCUACUUCCAGAGUGUCUACGACUUUGACGCACCCCAGGUUACGCCGGUCAUAAUGUUUGGCCACAAGCGGUGUCAGAGCACUCUGACCAAGUCACCCUUGACGCAUGCCUUCCAAUACGCCCUCUCCGCUGAUGCUCCGUCUUUGACGUCGACCAACUCGCCUUCUCCCACUGUGUCGCUUCAGCUGGCGCUCGACGAUGGCACCAUCAACUGGGAAUCGCCUUCGAUGGAUGUGGGAGUCUUCACCUACUUGCCAGAACAACCAACCUACUACCAGCUCGAUUCGCCGCAGAUGCCUUCACAACAGCUUCAGCAACCACGCAAGCGCAAGCUGUCCGUUGAAGCUUCACCCCGUCGAUCGCCCACCAAGAAGCAAUCGAUGCACAACCUUGGCCAACACGCCAACCCGAUGGCUUCGCCUUCGCAGUUCAGACGUCCGAGCAUGCCCAACAUUCCUGAUAUGUAUCAGCAGAAUCGACGCUUCAGUGGACAGGGCGACUACCAACAACAGUCGUACGGCGCUGCACUUUCUCGGAUGCCAUCGUCCCAAUACUACGGCCACCAUCCGCAAUCGACUCCCUUGCAGGCGUCAUCAUCGCAGAGCCCGUCAUGGUCCUACCCACAAGGGAUGCCACAGCAUCAUGGCCUUCGCAGUCCGUCAGCAGCCAUGUCGACGGCAAGCAAGAGUUCGCAAAUACUUCCCUCACCAGCUGCUGGUAAUCCACCCCUGAUACGAACAUCCACGAUGCAACAGUCACCAACGACUCCGGGAGCACCGAUGCCCCCAGCCCCGGCCGCCUUCAACCCUUAUGCGGUCUACCCAUCCAACACCAAGGCACUGCUCAAAAUUGACGGAGAUCUCAACACCAUGGCCGACAAAUGGACGUCUGCGGAGUGGGAGGCCAAGCGACGGUUGGUACAGUUCAGGCGCAGCCAAGCAGGAAGCGUCAUCACCGCCACGUUUGAGCCCGUCACACUCGAAGACCGCAUCCCAAACAGCAUCUGUGUCAGCUGUAUCUGGUGGGAGGAGAAGCAGGAGUGCUACGUCACCUCCGUCGAUACGAUCUCACUUUUGGAAUCUUUGGUCGCAGUGCGCUUCACCGUCGAAGAAAAGAAUCGCAUCCGGCGCAACCUGGAAGGCUUUCGGCCGGCUACGGUCUCCAAGACGAAGCAGGACAGCGAGGAAUUCUUCAAGCUGAUCAUGGGUUUCCCCAACCCCAAACCGAGAAAUAUCGAAAAGGACGUGAAGGUGUUCCCGUGGCGCAUCUUGGCAACGGCGUUGAAGAAGAUCAUUGGCAAAUAUGCAAGUCAUCCCUGCAUUGCAUAUGCACAUGCACAGUCCUCCUCAGCGAGCUACUCCUCGACCGCAGGCGUGUUGCACACCCCCAAUAUGUCAAGCUACGCGGCAAGCCGACCAUCUGAUGCGAACAUCGAGCAGCGCCCCGCGGCAUCACCACGUUCGACCUCGAGUUCUGCAGCUUCCCAUGGUCAUGCAUACGCGCCACCGGCCAUGCCACACAAUGUGUAUUCGCCUCACGCGGCUGGUGCACAAGGCCUCGGCGUCGGCCCGCCAGCAGGUCCAUCAGAUCUGCGUCUCUCCGUACCUACAUCCGCCGGGGCACAAGCAACGUCCUGGCACCAGCCGGCGGCGCACUACAGCUCCGAUCUGGCGGCUGGUGGUCGUGGCUGGGACUUUGGUGGUUACCUGUCUGCGGCGCCAGCAACAGGACUUCCAGGAACGACGCACUCGUACCCAUACCAACAGCGGAUUCCCUCGUUGACUGGACCAGCUGCAAUGCCCUCGGAAGCCAGGUUCGUGCCCUUGCACGAUUACGAGAGCCAAAGUCAGCCGACUUCGACGUCGUAA